AUGGAAACGUACGAUAAAUUGGUGAAAGUGUUCGGUGAUGAAGCCCUGAGUCGUGCUCAGGUGUUUCGAUGGCAUAAAAAUUUUAAAAAUGGUCGUGAAAGCGUCGGGGAUGAACCGCGAAUUGGGAGACCGGUUGAAGCUCGAACUGACAACAAUGUUCAGCGUGUGCGCACUCUCGUGCAUCAAGAUCGGCGUUUAACCGUGCGAAUGUUGGCUGAUGAACUUAAUUUGAAACGAGAAACCGUCAGAAAAAUGUUAACUGAUGAUUUGUCCAUGAAAAAGCUGUGUGCAAAGAUGGUACCUUCAUCAUGACAAUGCUCCAUGCCAUCGUGCCUUCAGCGUGUCGCGAUUUUUGACCUCUAAGAACAUUGCAGUGUUGCCACAAGCGCCCUAUUCGCCGGAUAUGUCACCCUGCGACUUCUUUUUGUUCCCUCAAACAAAAUUGGCCGUGAAAGAAACGCAUUUUGAGUCCAUAACUGACAUCCAGAACGCCGUGACGAGGGUACUUCAGGACAUUCCAGUCGAAGCCUUCCAGAAAUGUUAUGAGAGCUGGAAAAAACGUUGGAACCAGUGUAUAGGGGUGGGAGGGGAGUACUUUGAAGGGGAU